AUGAGAUCAGCGCUCGUCCUAUCGGCGCUCGCAGCGCUUGCCGUCGCUGCUCCUGGCGGUGGCCAAGGAGGAUUCGGCGGCGGUGAUCAAGGCUCGUGGGGUCAAGGCGGGCAAGGAGGCCAAGGGGGUCAAGGAGGCUCCGGGGGCCAAGGUGGCCAAGGCGGCCCAGGAAGCAAGGGCGGCGAGAGCGGCGGCAAUGGCGGAAGCUGGGGCGACUGGUCUGGUCAAGGCGGUCAGGGCGGUCAAGGCGGCCAAGGAGGGCACAACGGCGGCGGUGCUCCCCAAGGCGGCGACAAAGGAGGUCAGUGGGGUGAUUGGUCUUCCAGCGUUCCCGCUCCCGCUCCCCCUCCGCAGCCUACUACCACAACUCCCGCACCCCCUACACAAUCAAGUUGGUCAGACUGGGUAUCAACGACGACAACACCCCCUCCUCCGCCCCCUCCCCCAGCUCCCACCACAACCCACUGGCAAGACUGGUCGGAAAGCUCAUCAUCAACACCCCCUCCGCCCCCUCCCCCAGCUCCCACCACAUCGCACUGGCAAGAUUGGUCCAGCUCAUUGUCAACCACCACCACUCCCAAGCCUACCCCGAUCCCCGAGACGACGACUCACUGGCAAGAUUGGUCGAGUACUAACGUCGUUCCUCCAGCCCCUGAAUCGUCAUGGGGAGAUUGGUCCAGCUCUGCGCCGCCUGUUCCCGUCGAGACGACCUCGUGGGCAGACUGGACUAGCUCCGCACCGCCAGCUCCCGUCGAGACGACCUCGUGGGCAGAUUGGUCCAGCACACCCGUCGUCCCAGGAGUUCCCACCACAACUUGGGGCGAUUGGACCUCCUCAACCCCUGUUGUUCCUACUGUCCCAACGACGACGUGGGGAGACUGGACUUCUGCUACCCCUGUCGCUCCCGUCCCCGUCCCAGAGACAAGCCACUGGGCCGACUGGUCUAGCGCUCCCGCUCCCGCACCUCCGGCUCCUGCUCCUGCCAGCAGCCAGUGGAACGACUGGUCCUCGAGUGCGCCUGCGCCGGUGGUUACUACUCCCACGCCCACGCCCGUUGCUCCCACCUCGUCUGUUUGGGCUACAUCGGUCGUUCAAUCUACAACUCCAGUUGCUCCUGUCGCCAGCGAGUUCACCGGCGCCGCCGCUCCAGUCGCCACUGGUGGAGCCAAGAUCGCUGGCGCUGCCGCGGCCAUCAUGAUCGCAGCCAUGCUGUAG